AGCCCUUGCAUAUAUUGUUGUCCCAUUUGCGACAAGAAUGACAGCUGGUGCUUUAGUUUAAUUUUAAGGUUUGAAUACUAAAAUAUGCAUAAAUGAAAUACGAGUGAUAAAUUGCAGUAUGUUGUAAUCUGUAAUGUACGAUAUAUUGUAGCAGGAUGGCACGUAGCGGGCGGACUUCUGUAAAACUGGAAGACAAAGUUCUUGAAUUUGAGUUCGAAAUUCUCAAAGUUCAAUUCAAUAAAAAUGGAAAAUUUUUCCUCAAACUCUCUGUUCAAAAUGCACAUAGAACUGAUCUCAUGCAGAAGGUGACAGUGGACAUAAACGAUUCUGGUGUACAGCAACUUGGAUCUCAAAUAACCACUGACACAGUUUUAUGGUCUGAAGAUUCCAAUGCAGUUAAUUAUGAGAAAAGCAAAUUUAAAUACAAUUUGCCAAAAGGUUUCUGCAAAAAUGAUGGCAAAUAUGAUGUCUACUUAUUUAUUGAAGUAUUUCGAUAUCCUACCGAUGGAAGAAAAUCUCAACAGCCAGAAAGAAUGGGUGAAGCAAAGUUUGCAAUCUAUCCAAGAACUGAGAUACCCAGAGCCAAUUUGUUUGUGAGCAAGGGUGAAGAUUACUACAAAUACUCUGGUGUAUUGACUCUUCUUCGACCAUUGACUCGAGCCUCAAUAUCUAUGCACUGUGGAAGACUUUCAUACAUUGUUGCAUUCCAUGAAUACAGAGAACCGGGGUUUGUUUAUCAACCGUCCGAUGAUGAAGAGACGACGCUCUCACCUGUGCAGGAGGAGCCGACACCUGUCCCACCAUCAACAACAAUAUCGCAACCACCUUCAACUAUACAACAUGCUCCAACAAUAAAAGUAUCAGAGCCUUCCCCAAAAGAAGCAAGUAGAAAAGCAAACGUGUUACGACAAACAAAUAAACAACCUCAAACAUCUACUGUAUCUCCUCGAUCCACUGAAAGAUUCAGUAGACUUGAAAAAGUAAGGUCCGUUGAUCGGACAACUCAGUGGAGUCCACAAGAAAUUCCUGAUAUAUGGAGUCCUGACACGUUAACAACCGAAGGUACAUUUCAUUUGAGUGUUCCAUCAUCCCCAGAACUUGAAGAUUCAAAUCAUCCAAGUAAUAGACAAAAAACAAUGGAUUCACCAGGACCAUCAAAUCUUCCACCUCAACCAACUCGUUCUACAAAAUCUCCACCAAAGAAGGUUAAUCCAAAGAGAACAAAAUCGCCAACCUUAACAUCACCUAUUCCUGAUAGAGAAGCUUAUGUCUUGCGACCUGAUCAUCAUGUAGCAAGACCAGGGUACGAGGAAGUAUAUAUCAUUGUUCAUGGUGCAACAAGCUUACCUUCACGAUCUGAUGGACAAGAUCCUCUCCCAUUUGCAUCUUUGAAGAGUAUAGCUGAUGAACGUGGUGUUAGGAAAGCGCAAAGUGCAACUCAUGCAACAUUACAAGCAACUCACUCACCAACAUGGGAAGAAAUAUUAACCAUGGAGGUUUCUGAAGAAACUGCUGACGAAGAGGAAGUUAUAUUAACAAUAUCAGAUAGUGCGUCAAAAGAGAAACUAGUUACCUAUCGUGUUGCUUUGAAGAAUUUAAUUCCUUUCCAUCCAUAUCAUUUCGAACUCGUACAGCCGACAAAGUCGAUUGGAUCUGGUAUUCGAGCAUAUGUUACCAUACAACGCCGAGGAAGUUACCUGCCUCGAUUGCAUAAUUUUGGAUUCUGCGGACUCGAAGUUGUCUUGAGGGGUUUACAUAGACAAUUAGCAACACCUAGUGGUCCUCUCAUUGCUGUGGCAAGAAUUGUUCCUGAUUACACUGUUUACAAAGAAAGAAUGUUAUCAAAACAAUCUGCUGGAAUAACAACAACAACAGUAACAUUUCCAUCACCCCAUCCUAAUGCUUUUGAAGUUUCUAAUGAACAGAUGCAAGGAUUUCCUCAGCUGACAACAGCAAGUACAGGUUCUGACCAACCAUCUUGGAAUCAUACCUUCAUGUUUUGUGGAAAUGAUACUGCAACUAUGUUCAACCAUAAUUCUGCUCUUGUCAUUGAAUAUUAUCCAGCUACCAGUAGUAUGACAACUGUGACAUGGACAAUUCGAAAUCCAAUCGGUUUUUCAACAUUAUUAUUGGAUGAUGAAGUAUUCAGAGCAUUAACAUCUGAAAGUGGUAGACUUGGGGUCAGAGUUGAAGAUCUCUUAGUCCAGUCUUCAAGAUUCAGAACUUUAGCAGGAACUUUCCCUAGCGUUGAUCUUGUGUUGAGGCUCAUUUAUACAGAGAGGCCAGAUUCACUCGCAACUGCGGCCGCUCUCACACUCCUUCCUUCGCUCGACUCAAUGCCGAUACCAGGUAGUGCUGGUAAUCCUCUUGUUCAAGAUCACUCACUGACAGCAUCACCUCAUCCACAAACGAGCUCGAGUGAAAAUCCAGGAUUACUCGAUACCGAACCAUCUGAUUUAUCAUCCCAACAAGCUCCAUUGUAUAACAGAAAGAAAACUCAGAUUUUGGUAAAAGAAGACGAAUAUCCACCAAGUGAUAUUUUGGAAACAAUAUUACCUGAAUAUGUUUUAACUGAGAAUGAUCCAAACUCCGGAAUGAAUACUAGAAAAAGACACCCAGAUAAAAGAUCUGCCAAGCAGCCUUUGGAUAACAAUAAUUCAAUGUCUCUUGUAGGACACCAAUCUAAGGAGUUGGAGCAUUAUCGUGAAGCAGUGAAGCGAAUGGCAAGCGAUAUUUCAACACUUCGAUCGACUGUAUCAAAGUUGCAGGAUGAAAAUCAUAGUCUUAGAAGAGAACUGAUGAUGCGUAAAGAAGUGGGAGAUAUUGUUAGAAAUGAUAUAUCAACUGGUGUCGUUACUACUGAAGAAUUUGCCGAUAAAUUUGUUGCAGUAAAAACCAAACUUGAUUCAGAAAAAGGAGAGUUGAAGAAAUACAGAGAUAAAGUUCAACAUUUACAAAAUCUUCUGAUUAAGGCGAAUGAACGAGAGAAGAAACAUUUGAAUGAAACUUCUCAGAAUAAAAAUCAACGAGAUGUCAAAGACUCUAAAAUAAGUAAUGAUAAACUACAAAAGAUGAAAAAACUAGAAAACACAUGUGUACAACAGGAAAAAGUGAUUGAAAAAAUGGAAAAACUGCUGGGUGACUAUUUAAAACAAGAAGAUGUCAGUCGACCCAGGAGAAAUAGAAAAACAUCCAACGAACAUGAUGAUUCCGAUCCAUCACAUCAAGUAUCAACUUUAUUAACACAAGAAAAUGCAAGACUCAGAAUGGAACUCGAAGAAAUGAAGAUACAGAGCCAAAGAGAUGAAGCAGAAAAGGCACAACUCCAAGCUAGAUUGGAACGAGCAGAAAGCAGAAUAAAUUCGCUCGAAAACCAAUUGGAACAAAAUUCACGACGUUGGGCUCAAGAACGACAUGAACUUACUGUUCGAUUACAGGAACAUAGAAAUGGUUUUAUGCGUACCACAGCAGCUGUUGGAGAUGGAAUGGGAACCCGUGACUCAUUUUUGACCUAAGCUGAAAGAAUUUGCUGCGUAUGGAAUAAUUGUUAUCGAGACGAUGACAGCAUGUACUACUUCUCUACUUUAACUGCACGAUAUACUACUACUGUGGUUUAACUUUGCACUUUGCUCUCACUGUUUCUAUUAUUCUUCCCACUGAUGCAUAAUGUUUCAUGCUUGGCCAAAAUCUGUCUUUGCAACUUUCAAGGCUUGAGACAUAUCUCAAUUAAUGUUAAAAGGAGCUCAUUUAUUGCGUAUGAAUAUUUUUUAUUAGGCACUUACCGCAACUAAUCAAUGCUGUGUGGGAUUUUUAUUUGGAUUGGUGUCAAUCCAACUAGAAGAAUGAUAAUAAUCUUAUGUGUUAUUUCAAUGAUAUUAUGAUGCAUGUUACGUUUCUAAACCCGACACUGGCAUUUUCAUGAGCAGUUUAAAAUGCAUUAGAAAUUGUUAUUGUGGUUGUGGCAAUGUAAUAACUCCAUUGCUACAACGCUUAAGGCUAUGUAAGUUCUUUUAUCAGCAAAAUAUCUCACAACAAUGCUACAGUAUACUUUUUUAAAUAACAUCUUAUAGGUACUUAUUCCAUAUUACUUUUGUCAACUUUUUAUAAUAGUAAUAUCCUAAAUUAUUAAUCCAGGAACAGAUUUUUUCCUAAAUGCACAGACUUAGUACAUAAUUUAAUUAGUAUAUAAUUUAUCUAUUUAACCUAAUUGGGGUGUGUGUUAGUUUUUUUCUAAUUUCAGUUUUGAAAAUUCGAAUGCAAUUUGUCUUGCAUCAAAAUUAGCUGGUAGCCUGGUAUAUAUAUUAGAUACGAGCAUAUAGGUGGACUGAUAUCUUCUUAGGGACAUAUAUAUUUCAUUUUUGGAUAAUUUGGAUCUUAAUGUGUUUUUUAUGUUUACACUGUGUAUUUUUUACAACAUGAAUAGCUGAGAGAAUCUACAGUAUAUUCAGAUUUGUCAUCUGUAACACCAUUUCUCGGAAAACGUCACCGGAAACCAACACCAUUCGUUGCUCCAAUUACAUCGCCAAGGACGUUACUUCCACAUAUUUACUAUUAAAUCGGUACAGCCAAAGUGUUAGCAAUAAUAUCUUUCCUGGAAUGACAUCACCAAUACGAUACAGCAAUAUUGAGUCGUAAAGUGAUGAGUGUUACUUCAUAUAAAUAUCGACAAUGAAUCCUAUUAUUUUAAACUUUUUCUUAUUAUGAUCUUCCGUCCCAACUUGAAUAUCUAUUUUUCUAUAUCAUCAUUUCACAUGAUGUAUGCUACAUACUUAAUGUUUAAUUUCUUCUCCAACUUUUGAAGCAAUUAGAAUUUACAUUAGUUGAUGUUGUUUGUUCGCGAUGGAAUGGGUUGCGAUGAGAUCCGGUUUUAAAUACAGUAUCACUAAUAUGCCAAAUGAAUAAUUUGUAAUUUUUUUUAGCUUUUUCUAUAUUUAAUAAAUUGCAAUAUAUCCGAA